ACCGAUCGGAGGUAAAACCUUGUGGAAGCUUCUUCAUUUUUUUAAAUGAAAUUCGUUCUUUUAAAAAAAUGUUGCAAUUGUUGUAUUGGGAGUAAUUCUUUUUUUUUUUUCUCCCCCUUUUUAUGCUGCUUGUGCAUGUUGCUAUAAACGUGCAUAUGAUAAGAUCAAGCCAUCUCCAAAGCGAACGCAAAUGCGCAAAGGAGGAAGGGGGAUGUCUCUUUUAAUGCGCAGAUCGGAAUACCAGCGAUAUGUCGUUUUGCUCAGAUAAAUCGCUGCAUUUUGACCGCUUCAAAAAUUCGUUCUUUCUCGCCACGCACAUGAGUAUGCAUGCACGUAUGUACGAUCGCGUUUGUGCUUAUGAAUGUCCCCGCGCAGGUGAUUGCUUGCCUGCGUGUGCACACGUUUCAAGUGAAUUUUUGCGCGCAGCAAAGAGAUAGGAAAGGUUGUCCACCCGCGUGCGAAUAUGCUUAUAUAUACAUACAUACGUACGUACAUACGUGCAUACAUUUUUACCUGCAUAUAUAUCUGCUCGCGCGUCCUAAUCGGCACCACGACCACGCCCGUGGCAGUUGCCCCGCCCGGAAAACACAAACGCAGUCUCCGUUACCAAUCGCGACACACCGAAGGCGCUCCGCUUCUUCAAAAUGGCAAGGAAAGACCACAUUUGGAUUUUGUGUAAAUUCUACUGCGGGAACAAAAGGGGAGUGGUCAGCAAAAAGAAAGAGGAGGAAGUUUUCAAAAUUCUCGAAAGUUCACACAUAGCGCUCCCCGUUUUGAUUAAGGAAGAAUUCGAGAGGAAAGCAACAAUGUUGUAUGGGAAGAUAUACAAGAGCUUAAUUUUUUCUCGCUUCUUCGUCAACUUCGCAAAUUUGAGACUUCGGCUUUUUAUCAUCCGAACUAGUAAUAAAUUCAGACAAGAAAUUUCCCUCUUGACGCAGUUUGUAACCCUGUGUGAUGAUUCCCUGGACGUUCAAAUUCUAUACAUUGGAGUAACGCUGCUCAAAUGCAAGCGAUUUUUGAAGAACCUGUUCAUUCAGUUAAAACUGGAGGAGAACAUUCCCCUUAUUAUGAAGGAACUGGAGCAUUUAUAG